ACUUUUCUCAUGAUUUUUUUUCCUCUGAUGGUUGGUGGAAAACUGAUGGCACUGAUGAGUUUUGUAGAUGUUUAUUGCGGGCUGCGAGGGAUCAGGGCCAAUCGAAACAUUUCACGCACGUUUUAACCAGUUUUUCCAGGAGUUUGUGACCACCUAGGAAGUUUCGAAGACUUUGGCAGACGCAACAGAAGAUAACUGGAAGGGAACCGACACGACAGUGAUCAGCUGAUCGACGUUGUUUCGGAUGCGGUUGUACAACGUGAGAGGAACGAGUUUGUUGUGGUUAUGGACAAAACGGAGCGAGUGAUUCGAGCGGAGAUUUCAUGAGAAUAUGAAUACAAAGAUGGCAGAUUCUGGAAGUGCUGUACGAAAAAUACUCUUCACCGGUCCACCAGGUAUUGGAAAGACUACCCUCUGUAGAAAAAUAAUUUCGAUGUUGAUUGCCUGUGAUGUGAAAACUACCGGUUUUUAUACUGAAGAAGUGAGAUCAAAAGAUCGUAAGAGAAUCGGUUUUGAUAUUUCGACACUCGACCAAAUUGAGACAAGAGGGAUUUUAGCUCGCAUUGAUUCUGCAUUGAAUGGAAAAUCUCCAUCGAAACUGCGAGUAGGCCCUUAUCAAGUGUUCAUCGAUGAUUUUCAGAAGAUCGCAAUUCCAGCAUUAAAUUCCACAUCCGACGUUCUUGUGAUCGAUGAAAUUGGAAAGAUGGAGUUAUUGAGUAAAUCUUUCCACGAGCUCGUGGAGAAUUUAUUCUUUGGCAAAGACGAUCAACUUCAGAGGAUCAUAAUCGCGACUAUCCCAGCGAGGGAUCGAGAACCACAACGACACUCGAAAUUCUUCGAUAAAUUUUAUGACGAUCGAAGUUGUCAGGUCAUCGAAGUGAAUCGGGGAAACCGGGAGGACUUGGCAAAAGAAAUAUUUCAUAAGAUUCAAGAUAUGUUAAAGAUAAAAUAAGACACUUUAUUACGUCUACAAUAAAGUUGAGAUUAUUGACAGUUAUAACAGAAA